AGUGUACUGUUAUCCACAUCCCAUCCCCAUCUCCAGUCCCAAAUGCCAUUUUAGUAUUUAUCCAAACUUUAAAGCUUUAACCAGAAACCAACCUUCUCUCUCACUCACUUCAUUUCUCAAACCAAAUUUCUUCGUCAAAAUCUGGCUUAUCUCUCAAUUCAAUCUAUAACUUGAAUCAAAUCAAACUCACCCACCCAAACAUUACUCACCCUAACACCAAAUGGCCACCAUUAACGAUAUCCCCGACGUUAUUCUAUCGAACAUCUUUGCUUCUAUUUCAGAUACCCGAACCCGGAACUCUCUUUCCCUUGUCAGCCGUAAGUUUAUGCUUCUUGAUAGGGCGACGCGCGUCUCUCUCACUCUCCGCGGUAACGCAAGGGACCUUUUCAUGAUCCCGACCUGUUUCAGAUCCGUCACUGACUUGGACCUCUCCUUCCUCUCCCCAUGGGGCCACUCGCUUCUUUCUUCUCCGUUGUCUGAUACUGAUCCUCAGCUUUUGGCCCAUCGCCUCCGCGUAGCGUUCCCUGCGGUCACGUCCUUGACGGUCUACGCUAGAUCGCCGUUGACGAUCAAGAUUUUGGUUCAACAAUGGCCUGGGUUGAAGCGUGUGAAGUUGGUUAGGUGGCAUCAACGGCUGGCUUCGUGGCCAAUCGGUGAAGACUUUGUUUGUUUGUUGGAGCAGUGCGAGAAUCUGAAUUGGCUUGAUUUGUCCACUUUUUAUUAUUGGACUGAAGAUCUGCCCCCGGUUCUUCAAGCUUGCCCCAAGGUAUCGGCCUCGUUAGUCCACUUGAAUUUGCUAACGACGUCGUUUGCUGAAGGGUUUAAGUCUCAGGAAAUUAAGGAAAUCACCACGGCUUGUCCUAACUUGAAGAACUUCUUGGUGGCUUGUAACUUUGAUCCUAGGUACAUUGGGUUCGUCGGAGAUGAGACCUUGUUAGCUGUGGCUAAUAAUUGUCCUAAAUUGACGCUUUUGCAUUUGGCUGAUACGUCCUCACUGACUGACGUUCGAGGUGAUCCGGAUAAUGAGGGAUUUACUUCGGAGGAUGCUAUGGUUACCAAAGGGACGCUGGUGGAAUUCUUCUCUGGCUUGCCGCUGCUUCAAGAUCUUGUGCUUGAUGUUGGAAGGAACGUCAGGGAUACUUCCAUGGCAUUGGAAAUGUUGAAUUCUAAAUGCAAGGAUUUGAGAGUGCUCAAGUUGGGGCAGUUUCAUGGGAUAUGUCUGGCGAAUGAAUCUCAGCUUGAUGGGAUUGCCUUGUGUUCGGGUCUGGAAGAGUUGUCUAUUAAGAAUUGUGGGGAUUUGACGGAUAUGGGAUUGAUUGCAAUUGGGAGAGGGUGCUCUAAGCUGUCCAGGUUUGAAGUUCAAGGAUGCAAAAGGAUUACGGAGAAGGGUCUUAGGACAAUGGCUUGCUUGCUAAGAAAUACUUUGGUCAAAGUCAAGAUUUCUUGUUGCAAGAAUCUUGAUGCUGCAGCUUCAUUGAGAUCUGUGGAGCCAAUCCGUGAUCGGAUUCAAUGGCUGCAUAUUGACUGUGUCUGGAACGGAUGGGAGGAGAUUGGGAAUUCCGAGCAGGUUGGUCUUAGUUUUUGGCACAACCAAGUGGAGGAACCAUCCAGUUUAUUUAGCUUAAUGGGGAGUGAGUAUGAUCAUGAAAUGAGAAGGAAGAAAUGCAAAUACUCCUCUGACGUGAGUGAUGGUUACAUUCUGGAAAACAACGGAUUUUGGUGCAAGAAAUGGGAUAGGUUGCAAUACCUUUCACUUUGGAUUGGUGUUGGUGAACUCCUUACACCAUUGCCAGCGGCGGGUCUUCUGAACUGCCCUAAUUUGGAGGAGAUUCGAAUAAAGGUGGAAGGGGACUGCAGGGGACGUUCCAAACCAUCUGAACGUGCAUUUGGAUUGAGCUCUCUUGCACUCCACCCUCGGCUUUCGAAGAUGCAAUUAGAUUGUAGUGAAACCAUAGGUUAUGCACUCACAGCACCGUCAGGCCAAAUGGAUUUGAGUUUGUGGGAAAGGUUUUUCCUUAAUGGCAUUGGGGAAUUGAGGCUAAGUGAACUAGAUUAUUGGCCUCCACAAGACAGGGAUGUCAACCACAGGAGUCUCUCACUCCCUGCUGCUGGAUUGCUGGCUGAAUGUCUUGAGCUUAGGAAGUUAUUUAUCCAUGGGACGGCUCAUGAACACUUCAUGAUGUUCCUUCUUAAAAUACCUAACCUCAGAGACGUACAGCUGAGAGAGGACUACUAUCCGGCACCAGAGAAUGAUAUGAGUACUGAAAUGAGAGCAGGCUCAUGUAGUCGCUUUGAAGCUGCUCUAAAUAGGCGACACAUCCUCGAUUGAAAUGAUUUACUGGCGUGGAGCCUAGCCCUGAUUAGAUUAUACACGGGAAGAACAGGAGGGGUUUCAAGUACGAAAUUUUCUUUUUUCCCUUUUCUAGAAAAGAAACUGUAAAAGUUCAUCCAAGGUCUGCGUUUCUUUAUAUACAUGCAAUUCCCUCCCCAACUUCAGCCUAAUUUUUCCGGAGACGUGUUGCGUUCAUUUUACAUGUUUGAGGCUUUUCAUUCUUGUCUCAUGGAUCAGCAGGGAAUGAAAAUAUAUCAUAAGAGGAUUUGCCAUUGAAAGUUCCCAAAAAGGAGAUUUAUUUACGUUUGUUUUCAACUUGUUUUUAUAAUGAUGGAAAGAUUAUUACAGUUAAACUA